GUGCGGUCCGGCGGCAGCGUGGGGCAGCCAUGCCGAAGGCCAAGGGGAAGAACCGGAGGCAGAAGUUCGCUUACGGCCUCAACCGCAAGCGGCUGUACCGCAGCGCCCGGCGCAAGGCCGCGCCGCGCAUCGAGUGCUCGCACAUCCGCCAUGCGUGGGACGCGACCAAGUCGGUGGCGCAGAACCUGGCCGAGAUGGGCCUGGCCGGGGACCCCAACAAGGCCGUCCCCAUCGCCAAGAGGCGGCUGCAGAGGAUGGAGACGGAGAGCGAUGGACAGGAGCAGGAGAAGACGCUUGUGCGGAAGCCCUACGUCCUGAGCGAGAUGGAAUUUGAGGCCAGUCUUCCUGAGAAGAAGUCAAAUACGCUCUCAAGAGACCUCAUUGACUAUGUGCGGUACAUGAUACAGAACCAUGGGGAGAACUACAAGGAAAUGGCUCGUGAUGAAAAGAACUACUACCAGGACACUCCUAAACAGAUCAAGAGGAAGAUCAACGUGUACAAGAAUUUCUAUCCUGAGGAGUACAAGGAUUUUGUUGCAUCACUCAAGCAGGAGAAGAUGGAUGUGCAGUGAUUGCCCCUUUUAGUCCUCUGAUUUGCCUGCAAGUGCAGGCUUGAUGCUACCUUUUCUGAACCACAAGCAGGUGACUGUCACUCAUAGGCUGUGGCUUCUGGGUAGGCUGAGCUGUGCAAAGCUUCUGGUGAUGGAGGAAGGACAUUCAUUAGACAGUUAUAACCAGGCAUGAAAGACUCUUGGCUCAGGCUUGUGGCAUGUAGACUGAAUGUGCCAUGCCACUUCCUUUUUUCUGAGUGCAAGCCGGCGCUUUUUCUACCUUGUUAAAAUAAAUUACUGUUUCAUGCUGGUGGGAA